AUGGUUCCGUGGAAGGAGUCGACUGUUAUCACUUCGAGCAAAACAGGAAGAGAAAAGUGGAUUGAGGCGUUGGGAGAAGGAUUCAGGAAUCAAUUGGAGAAAGUCGGAACUCGACGAGCCUACAUUUGUCGUUUUCACUUCCCAUCCGGAGAAGUUCAUGGAAGAAGAUCUGUAUAUUCGCUUCCUAGACUCGCUGCUGAUGGUGAUGUUGCUGAUACAUCUAAUUUAGAUUUCUCCGAAGGUGAUAACGGUUUCGAGAUAAUUGAAGAUUCAAGAGUUGCUGAUAACGAGGAAUCGUUUGUACUUUUGAACACUGAUGGGGAGGAAGAUGGAGAAGAUUCGGAGGAGAGUUAUGGUGAACAGGAAACUGACAGUAGUUUUGUGCCGGAAAGGGAGGAAUCUUGGUCUGAUGACAGUGAGGUGGAAGAGGACGAGACAAGUGGCAAUUUAGAGUAUGCAUUUGUUGAUUUGAAUUGUUUGAUUGACAGUCUCAAAUAUUGUCGUCAAUGUCACUCUGAAGCUGUAGAAGCGGCUGUUGUGAAGCCAUCCGGAUAUGCAGUCUCUAUCUCUUUCAACUGUCUAUCUUGCAAUCAUGAUUGGAAAUGGUCUUCAUCAAGAAUUAUCGAAGGAUCAAAGGAAUAUGUUGUAAAUCGAGAUCUUGUUAGCGCAGCGGUUUCCACCGGAUCCUCGUAUUCAAAAAUAGCUUCAAUGCUCCACACUGUCCGUGCACCUUAUUUACGUAAAUAUUGUUACUAUGACAUUGUGCAGCAUCACGUCCGACCUGUAGUCCAAAACGUUCAUGAUGGUACUCAGAAGAAAGUGAUGGACUUUGUGAUCAAAAACUGUGAGGAUAAUCAGAAGGGACUGGACUUGGCUGGUGACGCACAAUUUGAUUCGCCCGGCCAUAUGGCAGAACAUUCUCGAUAUGCGUUGUUGGACGUGUCUACGAAUUUUGUACUGGAGACAAAACUGUUGAAGAAGUCAUCGAGAACAGGCAAUUUAGUGUUUCGGGUUUCUCUUCAAAUUAACAGAUUUGUGUUUACAAAGUUCCGGAAAUGUGAGCACGACCCAAUGAACCACACCAGAAACGACUACAUUGACGUGAACAAUCCAAAGCAUGAGAAGGCGUUGCGACUGUUGUGGAAUAUGAUUGUUAGUGACAAACGACUGAAAGAUCUAGAAAAAGUAUCACCUCACUUCAAUACCUCUGAAGUAGAAAGUUUCUAUUCGUUGUCCACUAUUUAUCACCCAAAAAGCUAUUACUUCCACAAAAACUUCCCUCUCCGCGUUCAGUUGACCGUACUUCACUGGAACUCUCUCAAAAUAGAAUGGUAUAACAAUGAGAGACACUAUACUGGGCUAAAAGCAUUCUACAACAAAUCAAACAAGGAAGCAGUUUUCAAAAAAAGGAAGUCGUCGGGAUCUCAUUCUUGGCGUCGAGUUGUUCUAGAAGGGGUUAGAUCCCACCAAACCCAGGCCUCUACUCAUAACGUUCCCCUAUCGGUUUCUCCCGACCCAAAUCACAUGACUGAUGAUUAUUCUUCUCCUAAUAACUAUUCUUCGUCUGACGAUGACAUGAUCUGA